AUGCAUAACAGAAAAGUAUCGUUAAUUAUGUUCAAAAAUAUUGUUGGUAAAAAAUCUCAAAAAACGUUUUUUAUUCCUAUAAAACUCGAUAGGAAAGAAUUUUUAUUCUUUAUAAAUAAUAUUUUGGCUUCAUUAGUCGUUAAUUCAUUCAAUGAGAAAAUCUCAUUACGUGCAUUGAAACAACUUCAUCGUUUAACAACAAUUGAUUUAUAUCGUCGAUCAUUAGGUGAUGUUUUAUCCGAUGUAAUUAAUAAUUAUAUUUAUUUACAUCGAAAAACUAGUCUUAUUCUUGAUAAACUUGUAACAAAUGGUGAAAUUGAAAUCUUUUUUUUAUGA